GCCUGGGUUUAUUCUAACGUCGACACUUAUAACCCAGCUCCUCGGAGUCUUUCUACUCUACAUUUGUUAUAGGUAUUACGUUAGGUAGUUAGUUAUAUGACUACCUACCCAUUUUUGUAUGUAUACUUCCGGUCGUAAAGUCGUGAAUAAUGUCUUCGGUUGCGGUCUCCAGCGGUCCGUCGAGCGCCUUUAAGUUCGGCACGGGGGGCUGGGAUCCGGAGCACCGCUUCGAGACGUCGUGGCUGUUCCCGCCGUAUGUGCUGUUUGCUCUGCGGCUGUUGAUGGCUUUAUGUGUGGAUAUGUGUAUCGUAUGCAUAUGUAGGUAUGUAUAUGUCAUGUAUGUCGGCGAUAUGCCCGAAGUGCGCCACCGUCGCAAUCAGCCGUUGAUGCAUACUGUGUAUGAAUACCGGUACCGUGGCGGCGGGUUGCGUAUUGUGAUGUACGUCCGAGCCGAUACUCAUCACCGGCGCGCGUCUUAGGCCCACCCGCUUCAACGUCCAUUCUAUUCUCUAUACCGUACGCAUACAGGUCAAUGCAAACCGGUGCUAACCAUAUACAGUCCCUCUACGCCUUCACAACA